UCUGAUAGUUGUUUUAAGUGUGUCUGUGCUAGCCAACUUAGGCUAUAUGCUCGUUGUCCCGUUCUUGCCAUUGGAACUGGAUAGAUACCUUUGGCUACAUCUUCUCGAUCUACGCGGUUUCUUCAAUGGUUGGCUCUCUGAUUGUUGGUAAAAUCAUGAUCGUGUUCGGUAGGAAGAGAAUUCUACUGCUCGGAAUUGUUAUCAUGGGAGUUUCAAUGGCAAUGUUCGGACAAAUCAUGUACUUUCAAGAUAGCAGACUCGUUGUGGCCAUCUGACUUGUUUCCAGAGUCUUUCAAGGGUUCGGUUCAAGCAUGAUUCAAACUACUUCAUAUGCGAUUAUUACUGUUGCGUAUAAAGAAAAGAAGCAGAAAUAUCUUGGAUACUUUGAAGCGUCUCAAGGACUUGGAUGUGCUUUAGGCCCAGGAUUCGGAGGCCUGUUAUAUUCAUUUGUAGGGUUCAGUUUCACAUUCUACAUACUCAGCUGAUCAUUAAUAGUAAUGAUUCCUAUCCUUUGGUUCCAAAUUCCGAACUCAGUUGAUAAAGAAGACGAUCUAAGCCUUGAAGCCCUUGAGCCUGACCACCAACAACUUUCUCUUAGUUCUCAGCUACUACAGGACACAUCUCCAAGCACUCCGACGUACACUAAAUUAUUUCUGCGGAAGACUUUCACCUUAUGCACUCUCUGAGGUGUUCUUUCUUACUUCUCAUUCGCAUAUUUCCAGCCAAUGAUGCCACUACGUCUGAAGGAGUUUGAGCUAGGCGAAGAGAUUAUCUCUUUCUUCUUCAUGAUUGGCCCUGUUAGUUAUUUGAUUGUGAGCAGUCUUGGAAUUUCAGUAGUUAUGGAGACGUUUGGGAAGCGAGAAUUUGGAGUGAAGGGAGUGAUUGUGAUAUCUCUAGCAAUCAAUGGUGUGAACCAAUUCUUUAUCGGUCCAAGCGAGUUCUUGCCAAACAGUCUGAUCAUAAUGGCUAUCGGCCAAGCUGUCAUUGGUGCUAUCACGAUAUUCUGAAUUAUAGGAGCUCUGACGAUCAUGAUACAAGAUUCUGAAACAGCAUUUCCUGCUCACAAAGCCUAUGUGAAUUAUCUAAGCUCAGGUGUGUUUAAUUUUUCAUUACAAUUCGGCCAAACUCUGGCUCCAAUAUAUGGAAGUUAUAUGACCGAAAUGAUUGGACUCAGAAAUGUAUGCACAACAGUUGGAGUGCUUAUGAUAGCUUAUGGUUGCAUUUUCUAUAUUUUCUGAAUUACAUUAGAUAACAACAAGUCAAAAGAUUUCAAAGAGAUUGAGCUUCAAAAAUCUGAUUCUGAAUCUAAAUCAAUUAUCUAA